AGAAGCGGAAGAAGAUGGCGCUCACCAGCUUUUUACCUGCACCUACUCAGCUAUCUCAGGACCAACUUGAAGCUGAAGAAAAGGCAAGAUCUCAAAGAUCACGGCAGACCUCACUGGUAUCCUCUAGAAGAGAACCUCCCCCAUACGGGUACCGGAAAGGCUGGAUACCUCGCUUGUUAGAGGAUUUUGGAGAUGGAGGUGCUUUUCCAGAGAUCCAUGUGGCCCAAUAUCCACUGGAUAUGGGACGAAAGAAAAAAAUGUCAAAUGCACUGGCCAUUCAGGUAGAUCCUGAAGGAAAAAUUAAAUAUGAUGCAAUUGCUCGACAAGGACAAUCAAAAGACAAGGUCAUUUAUAGCAAAUACACUGACCUGGUUCCAAAGGAGGUUAUGAAUGCAGAUGAUCCAGACCUGCAAAGACCCGACGAAGAAGCUAUUAAAGAGAUAACAGAAAAGACAAGGGUAGCCUUAGAGAAGUCUGUUUCACAGAAGGUUGCUGCAGCCAUGCCAGUUCGAGCAGCUGAUAAACUGGCUCCUGCUCAAUAUAUCCGAUACACACCAUCUCAGCAAGGAGUGGCCUUCAACUCUGGAGCUAAGCAGAGAGUUAUUCGGAUGGUAGAAAUGCAGAAAGAUCCAAUGGAGCCUCCAAGGUUCAAGAUUAAUAAGAAAAUUCCCCGGGGACCACCUUCACCUCCUGCACCUGUCAUGCACUCUCCAAGUCGAAAGAUGACUGUAAAGGAACAACAGGAAUGGAAGAUUCCUCCUUGCAUUUCUAAUUGGAAAAAUGCAAAGGGUUAUACAAUUCCAUUAGACAAACGUCUAGCUGCUGAUGGAAGAGGACUUCAGACAGUACACAUAAAUGAAAAUUUUGCAAAACUGGCUGAAGCUCUGUAUAUUGCUGAUCGGAAGGCUCGUGAAGCUGUGGAAAUGCGUGCCCAAGUAGAAAGAAAGAUGGCUCAAAAAGAAAAGGAGAAACAUGAAGAGAAACUUAGAGAAAGCCAAAAAGCCAGAGAGAGGAGAGCUGGGAUCAAAACCCAUGUGGAAAAAGAGGAUGGAGAAGCACGUGAGAGGGAUGAAAUCCGGCACGAUAGGCGAAAAGAGAGACAGCAUGACCGGAAUCUUUCCAGGGCAGCACCUGAUAAGAGGUCAAAACUGCAGAGAAAUGAAAAUCGAGAUAUCAGUGAAGUUAUUGCUCUUGGUGUGCCCAAUCCUCGAACUUCCAAUGAAGUUCAGUAUGACCAGAGACUUUUCAAUCAAUCCAAGGGUAUGGACAGUGGAUUUGCAGGUGGAGAAGAUGAAAUUUACAAUGUUUAUGAUCAAGCCUGGAGAGGUGGUAAAGAUAUGGCCCAGAGUAUCUACAGACCCAGUAAAAAUCUAGACAAGGACAUGUAUGGUGAUGACCUAGAAGCCAGAAUAAAGACCAACAGGUUUGUACCCGACAAGGAGUUUUCUGGUUCAGACCGUAGACAGAGGGGCCGAGAAGGACCAGUUCAGUUUGAGGAAGAUCCUUUUGGCUUGGACAAGUUUUUGGAAGAAGCCAAACAGCAUGGAGGGUCUAAAAGACCCUCAGAUAGCAGCCGCCCCAAGGAACAUGAGCAUGAAGGCAAGAAGAGGAGGAAGGAGUAGAUACAACUCUGGCAAAAUGAAUGAACUGUUACUCAUAACCCUAGUGAUGCAAGUCAUGGGGGAACAACUUUGUAAAUAGUCAGGAUAAAAACCCAAUCUGGGUGCCAGAUCCCAGUGCUACUUUUUAUUACAGGAAAUGGGGGGUUGGAGGGUAAAAAUUCUACUUUGAAUUACUUAGUUUUUUUUAAGGAGUGGGUUGUGUCUGUGCUUCUCCUACCUUUUGGCACUUACAAAACAUACUGCCCCACACACAGAAUUAAGACUACUUCCUUUUGUGUGACACUGUAGUCUGGGGAUAACAUUUUGUGUAAGAACUACUGUUUAUCAGCAAAGUUACCCAACCACAAUGAGUAGGAUGAGGUUCACAUAUUGAAACUGUGCUACCAAAUGAAUUUUGCCCAGUAAAAAAUUGUGCUGUUUUACUUUGGAGUGGGGAAAGGUCUUGCUUAGUCCAACUAUUUGUUUCCAAUAAAACCAUUUA